AUGGCACCUCGACUAAGAGCACGACAAAUUACUAUGGAUGGCGCCCGGAUCGCUAUCGAAAGUAGUAACAGUACAACUCGUUCAUCGGGCUUAGAUGAUUUGAUUCAUAUAUUCAAAGAACAAGCCAGAGCCUCAAACUUCUCAAAUCUAGACGAUAAAAGCUAUCAUAUAACAUUUGAGGCUCUCUUUCGGUGCUCAUUAGCUGAGAAGCAAGCUUACUAUGCCAAAAAGAGCACCGCUGCUAGUAGGCUCACCAAAUGUGCAGAAGCACUCCGCCUCGGUAUCGAGUUGGGGGCAGGCAAGGUAAAACGGAAAACCGUUCUCGCUAUCAUUGAUCACAUUACUCAAACUCUACCGCAUUCCGAGGAUGAUCUAGUCCCACCGCUUGUUCAGGAUUACAUCAAAGCACUCGCUGCUCUGCUAAAUUAUGCUGCCAAUGUCGAGCUCCUUGCUACAGGGGGUGGCGAGGGUUGGUUCACGUGCGUUGACUUCGCCGUUGAUAUCUUGACCUUAUACCUAGCAGCUACCGAUAAAGAUCCUGCCCCUUCGCGAGCUUCACCGGCGCCCGGGAUGGCCCAGACAGCAUCUUCAAGUUUGUCAACUCCCAGAUCUACGUCCGUAUCGCAACGAGCCACCCGGGUUUCGCGUAGUCAUAUACCAGAUCUUCUACAAUGCCUUCUUCACCUCGCAUCUACUCCAAACGCCCCUCUUCUGCAGCGUUCGAGGGAGAUCUCGUCUGUUGUCAUCCAAAUCCUCCAGCUCCGUUCUCUCGGAAUAAGCCAGCUACAUCAAGUGGCCUUCGCUUUGGUUAAUAAGCUCUUCGUGGUGUCGCAGACCGAUGAUUCCGAGCAUGCGAACUCUCUGACUUUGGACUGCCUGCCGUUGGUAAGUCAAUGGUGGCAAACGAAAGCGGCAUCAGCACAUGAUGCGCUUCUCAAUGGCGUUCGUAUCGAAAUGUUGAAAUUUCUAUUCAACAUUCACCUUCAGCUCGAGUUUCUAAUCAAGCAAGACAACAAACGCUCACUCCUCGGGGACAUUGAAAAUCUAGCGGAGCUAUUUUGGGGCGAAUAUUCCAGACGGGAGGAACGCGCGCAGCUUCAACAAGAUGAUUUGACAUAUUCAUCUACACCUUGCGACAACCCGAUAUUUCAAGUAAAAGCAUUUUCUUUGCGCCCAUUCAAUGUUGACGGCGAGAAGAAUUGGGCGAUUGUGCAUAUUCUAGCUCUUCUCGAGCGUUUGAUGUGGAAAGGUUCCCAACAAUCGCACACUACUUUAGCUGAUGAUGAACAACCACGGAAGAAGCAACGAACUACUGCGGGCUUUAGUCGACUUCGCCAAAAACUACGUUCCAUCGACCAGUCUGUUCAGUAUACUGCUCUUCAAAUCAUUCCUUUUUUCGUUUCGGAUCUUAAAGUUGAUAUUGACGAGAUGUCAGAACUACUGGCAUUUUUAAUGAGUCAAAUCACCAGCAAGAAAAGCAAGGUAUCUACAUGGGCUAUGAUUGCUUGCGCCAGCCUAACUCCCCAAAUCAGCGCCACUGAUAACAGCCUAUGUAUGCUUUGGAAGCAGGUAUGGCAACUUGCGGUUCGGGCUGUUAGUAUGACUGCAAGCUGUCGUGCCUCGAGUGUUCUACUUCAUUAUAUCAUAAAUCAUGAUCUAGUGCCAUACCGUGAUAUUGCCGACGAUAUUAAUAGUAUGGUCAUGAGUUCUGAUGUGAAUGGACCAGCUGUUGCGGUAGAUUCAUCUCUCAUUCUUAUGACGGCCCUUCUUAAUCUUCGAAAUAUCCAAGUCCCGAGUGCAAGUUACGCGACCUGCAACCACGUAGUCCGCUGGAUGUUUUUCAGAUGGGAUCCUGCCGAUGCAGGAUUCAUAUCAUCGUAUUCUAUCCAUGCCAUACCCGUAGAUAUCGUCAAUCUGAUGCACGCAGCCUACGGCGAUCAGAGAAUGAUGUUGUCUCAAUCAUCUCAAACGAUCUCUGGGCAAAUUGGGGAGACUCUAUGUCUGCUCAAGAGCCGCGAAAGCUUGGUUAAAUACUUGCUUUUAUUAGAUCCCGAAACACCUCAAUUUUCCACAGGACCCGAACAGCAACAUCCUACGACUACAUCUAUACAACUCGGCGAUAGCUCGAAUGCCCACAGUACGAAAAAACUCAUAGCUGAACUCUUCUAUCCGAAACUUGAGGAAAUCAAAACAUUGUGUGAGUCAUGGGACAAACAAAAAGAUAAAUCAGUUCAGAUCACUCCAGAGAAACUCCAAAGUGUAUUCUCGUCUUUGAUUGUCGGCGCCAUUAUCCUCCCUGAGAUACUGGAGGCGAAUUCAUCACAAUCACAAGAAAUUCAGCAUUCGUUAUUUCAAACUCUUCAAAUUGCCUUGACUGGUGUCUCGAAUAUAUCCGAUAACCAGGCUCUAUAUGACUGCCUUCUUUCAUCAAUUCGUUCUUAUAUGCCAGCAUUAUCAAGUACCGAGUUGAGCAAGUUAAGCAAAGAGUGGAAGUAUCUUCAUCAACUCCUCUUCGAAUUGCAUGGCGCCUUUAGCAAAAGAUCUGGGAAGCAAACCCCUGACCACGACGAUGAUUUCAUGGAUAUUGAUGAUGGAUUUGAGACUAAAGAACGCCGGUCCAACACAUCAUCUAAAUCACUUGAAAUAUCCCGCCAUGAGGCCUCCAUCAACCUACAAGCAACAACCUUUUAUUCUGACACCAUCCAAAGGCUAUGUCUCCUUAAUAUUAUGUAUGAAGACAAUGGUCAAAUUGGGCUCGUACCGGCGUUAUUUCUCGACGAAUUUCUGGAGCUACCUGACGAAGAACUCCUCUCGUGUCGCUGCUUAAUACGGGAACUAUUUGAUUCUGAUCUCAUAGUUAAUCCUGAUGAUGCCGACAGGGUGAUUGGCCGAAUCGGCGAGUUACUCGGCAGUACGGCUUUCUCAAGUUGCGAAGUUACUUUAAACAUAUGUCUCGACGUGAUGGAAGGUCUCAUGCCAAUAUGGUCCGACAGUAAUGGCGAAAUAGCAUCUCACGCAGGCGAUUUGUACUACUACUUCCUCAAUUCCGGGCUAAAGAAUAAUAUACUCUCACCAAGCGUGCAGAUGUCGCUAGCUCGAUUACUUCUCCGAUUGAUCCAAAUCAACGAAAGAUACCCGGAGUCGAUUAAAAUGGCCCCUCCGAGCACUUCACUAUUCAGUCUAUUAGAAGACGGAGAAAUACCUGUCAAACACUAUAUUGGAUGCCGCUUGCCAAGUCUGUUUGGCCGAUAUGUGCUGAAAUCUCAUGACGAAGUUCUAGUUGACGUCCUUGGUGUUCUCCCAAGCAAAAGCGAUUUCCCUGAGGGUAUAGCUUUGCGGCUAUUCGUACUCGCUGAAUUAGCACGCCAGUGGCCUACUCUACUCCGACGCGGCAUAUAUCAUAUAUUUGAGAUCCCUGGAGAAAUUCCAAGUUCAAUGAGACAUGCUGAACGUUGCCUCAACAAGAUAUCUGCCUCUUUGAGGCUUGAGAGUGCACACAAACUAUUUGAUUUGUUUGCGCCUCAGCUGCUUUAUACCUGGCUUGAAAUCAAGAGUAUUGAUGAUAUCCCAUUUACGAUAUUCGGGUUCUCAACUCUCAAGGAAUUACUACAACGCGCCCAAUCCGAAGUCGUAGCUCUAAUGAUUAUGCGAGGACAAGACGAAGCAGCAGAAAAUUUAGCGACAACUCUCGGUGAUAGUUUUGCACAACUCAUUCAGCGCAAUUUCUCAAGGAUUAUAGCGUAUAGUAUGGCGCAUGAUAUCAGUAUGCCCAAAUCAGAGCAGCAACGAAGCGGCGAAAGUCGAUUGCGUAAGAUCCUUGGCCGAGAAGCAUUCCUCGAGGGUAUAUAUAUCAACUUCGCCGAUAUCAUCGGGUUAUUCUUCAGUCUCAUCGAUCAAGAAAAUCCAAUCGAGGAAUCGUGGGCCAGAGAUCCUAACUUUGAGUACGCCGCUGAAUCAAUGACAGAGAUUAAGAAGUGUGGUCACUCCGAAAUUGGCUUAUCUCCGAACCAACAGCCAAUGUUCCGGGCAAAGUACUUGACGAGAGAGAUAGCACUGCUAUGUAGCCGAACAGAAUACGAAAUGCCUGCUUUGUGGACGCCAGCACUCGUGGUCAGCAUUUCUAGAAAACUUUUCGAUGGCGUUCAUGCUGCAUUAGGACCUUUGCAUACAUGUUCUGUCCUUCGAAAGGUACGGGUCCUCAUUUGUCUAGCAGGCCAACAUGCAUGGGAAUCAUAUCCCUUAGAGAUGCUCCUGCAAGCCAUACGUCCUCUAAUUGUCGACACAGAAUGUGCAGAUGAUGCACUUGGUAUCAGUCAAUACCUCCUAGAAAAGGGAUCAAAAUCAUUAUCAAAAUCGCCUUCAUUCCUAGCUGGUUAUGCCCUAUCUGUGUUGUCUUCACUUCGCGUUUUCCUAGAAACCAGUCAAUCUAGCACAACCCAAGAAAGCCAGUUCAAGGCCACUAUGAGCAAAGCACAGAAAUUCCAUUCGUGGUUUACAAAAUACCUGGAGGAUUAUGAGUCUCCUUCCUUUCGAGACACCGAGCAACGCGAGGCAUUCAACACCAUAAUAGGGUCUGCAGCCCACGUUCGAUCUUCGGGAAAUGCGGAGCGAGGCUCUUACGAGAGUAGACUUUUAUUAGAAAUCCUUCAAGAUGGAACGCACGGGUAUCAGUUAUUAAACGAACCCUCUCGCAAACUGGCGUUAGAAAUGCUUUGUAGCCACUUCACGAUCCCGAUAUCUCACAGUGUGGAUGUGGUCGGUUCUGAUGAAGAAGCAUUGUCCUGGAUUUCUGUUGUUUGGAAAAGUUGCCAGGCCCAAGGUUUAAGCAACGAGUAUCUUGCUUGGGCAGGUCGAGUCGUUGGUAGAGGAUUUGCCGCAUCCGGUCGCGUCGACCAAGACCUACUUCGAGAAUCCGAAUUAUCACGAUACUACAAUUUGUCGACAGACUCAUCAAGAUCAGAACACGGUCUGCUAGGUCUCCUGCAAUCUUUGACAUCCGAUAGUGAUGGCUAUAAAGCGGGACUCUCGGAAUCAGCAUUAAGAACAAUUGUCUCGGAUGCUGCAGCUCAGGGCGAUGACGAUCUUCUCAUGGCUUGCCAAAAGGUCUUAUCCGAUCAACUUCUUGCCACGUCAGAUUGGGCGCCAUAUCGAACGCCACCAUCGGACAACCCGCCCGUCAACCCCGCUCAUGAAGAUCAGGCGCUCUCUAAUGAGGCAUUUGAGGACGUAAAGUGGGCACAGGGUGUUACUGUGUAUUUAGCACAGUCUUAUCCCGAUCAUGCUAUUCUCAAUGCUUUACCCCCGAUACUCACAAACGUCAAGGGCUUCGCUCAACAAGCAUUCCCUUACAUUAUACAUCUGGUCCUCUUAUUUGAACGAGAGAAGCAACAAUCUGCCAAGCGCAACCUAUCGAGUGCACUCAAGAAUUGGCUCAAGCUUGACUCACCAGCAGCCAAAGAAAAUAUAGGCCUCAUAAUAAAUGCUAUUCUAUAUCUGAGGACACAAGAACUGCCUAAAGAAAAUUCCAUUGCUGACCGGGCUCAAUGGCUAGAUCUCGAUCUUCUUUCGGUCGCUGCAGCAGCUACAAAAUGUGGCAUGUUCAAGACCGCAUUGCUAUUGGUUGAGAUGGCGUCUGCUGACGGGUCACGAACAUCUCGCCGUUCAUCUGCCGCCCGGACUCAGGAAUCUACAGAUGUUGUGAUGGAGAUUUUCGAGAAUAUUGAUGAUCCCGAUGCUUACUAUGGUCUCAGCCAUACCUCAAGCUUAAGUAAUGUGUUAGCGCGACUCGAAUACGAAAAGAAUGGCAGUAUGAGCCUAGCAUUCCGUGGCGCACAGUAUGACAGUCAUAUUCGGAGGAGAGACCCAGCCGCCAAUAUCGAUACACAAUCGUUAGUAGGAACGCUUGGUAACCUUGGGUUAUCGGGGUUGUCGCAUUCACUUCUUCAAACACAGCACAGCCUAGACAAUUCAUCAACUACUGUGGAAAGUACCUUCAGUACGGCUAGGCGGUUAGAAAUAUGGAAUCUGCCAGCACCAGCAUCUACCGACAAUCCUUCUGUCACCCUCUAUAAAGCAUAUCAGACUUGGCACCAAGCUACUGAGCUGAGUCUCGCAAGAAGAGCUACUCAUGAUGGUUUCACCGAAACUAUGCGAAGUAUAGUCAAGAAUGACCUUAGCCCGGUUCACCUCCGACGUCACCUUGGCACGUUAGCUGUCCUGGCAGAACUCAAUGAUGUUAUAGAGAUGGCUGAUUCUUCAGAACUUGACAAAAUCUUGGCAACAUUCACAGAUCGAUCUAAAUGGAUGAAGAGUGGACGGUAUGAGGAUGUUAGCCAGAUCCUAUCCUGCAGAGAAACAACAUUGAGUAUGCUAGCUCAAACUUCUCAACGCCGCGGUAUGACAAAGGUCAACCCACCGGAAGCUACAUUAGCACAGAUAAAGUCGAUGCUGUUGUCAUCCGGCGUAUAUAGACACCACCAAGCUACUCAAGAGUCACUAAACAUCGCAACAUCCCUAACAGAUCUAGUGCUACCCAGUACAGACCUUGGUUUGCAUCUUGACUCAAUUGCGAAAUUCGAGGCCGCCAACUCACUAUGGGAUCAUGGAGAAAUGACAUCAUCUAUUCAUAUGCUUCAAUGUAUCGACGAAGACCCAAAUCUCAAGAAACAAACCAUUCCUAUUAGUCGGCCGGAUCUACUUGCAAAGACUGGAUAUCAAAUAUCUGUAGCAAAGCUGGAAAAGCCAGAUACUAUCCAGAAAGACUACUUACAGCCUGCGCUAAAGGAGCUAAGGGGGAAGACAGAUGGCCAGGAGGCCGGUAAGGUGUACCAUCGGUUUGCUAUGUUCUGUGAUGAACAAUUGCAGAAUCCAGACGGACUCGAGGAUUUGGCUCGCUUGCAACAUCUGAAGAAGGGGAAAAGCGAUGAAGUUUCGCAACUUAAGGUGCUUGUGUCCUCGGAGAAAGACACGACGAAAAAGCAAAGGUACCAGAAUCAUCUUGCGAAAGCAAGACAAUGGCUUGAAUUAGACGAACAAGAACUACGUCGUGUUGAGCAAAGUCGGACCGAAUUUGUGAGGUUAAGUUUGGAGAACUAUCUCCUCUCGUUGAUAUCAUGCGACGAUCAUAACAACGACGCUUUGAGAUUCACGGCCUUGUGGCUAGAAAGGUCUGAUGAAGAUAUCACCAAUGAGGCUGUGAGGAGAUACAUCGACAAAGUUGCAACCCGGAAAUUUGCCCCGUUGAUGAACCAACUUUCUUCGCGUCUAGUCAAUCAGAGUGGCCUCUUCCAGAAGCUUCUCCUUGACCUUGUGUAUCAUAUCUGUGUUGAUCAUCCUUAUCAUGGGAUGUACCAGAUCUGGUCGGGUUGGUGGUCACGCACGAAUAAGAACGAUGAUGUGGCCGUUCUCCGCCAGAAAGCCACGGUGACAGUUGGUAAGAGGCUUGCUGAAACAGAUUCGGUAGCAUCGAUAUGGACGGCGAUUGAUAAGACCAACAAGGCCUACCAUAAGCUGGCGACAGAAUUGGACCCUUCUCGCUACAAGGCAGGACAAAAAGUUGCGGUCAAGGAUUCUACUGCUGGUUCUGCCCUUUCAAGCACUAUGGCCAAGUACCAUAUACCACCCCCUACGAUGCAAAUCGAACUACAAGCUAGUCGGGACUAUAGUCACAUUCCGUAUAUUGCCAAGAUCGAACCAAAUAUGUCCAUCGCAUCCGGCGUGAGCGCACCAAAAAUCAUAACCGUGGUGGGGACUAAUGGGGAACGAUUCAAACAGCUGGUCAAAGGAGGGAACGAUGACUUACGUCAAGACGCAAUCAUGGAACAGGUCUUCGCAGCCGUGUCAUCCGUAUUGAAGCUUCAUCGAUCUACUCAGCAACGCAACCUCGGAAUCAGAACAUACAAAGUCUUACCUCUGACUUCAGCUUCUGGUCUGAUCGAAUUCGUCUCGAAUACUAUACCACUCCACGAAUAUCUCAUGCCAGCCCAUGAGAAGUAUCAUCCGAGAGACCUCAAGGGGUCGCAGUGCCGAAAGGAGAUCUCCCAGGUUCAAAAUAAAUCAUCCGAAGUUCGCGUAGCAACUUAUAAAAAAGUCACGGAUAAAUUCCAGCCUGUGAUGCGCUACUUUUUCAUGGAACAUUUCGUUGAUCCAGACGAGUGGUUCGCUAAGCGCACAGCAUAUACACGAACUACAGCCGCAAUUUCCAUACUAGGCCAUGUCCUAGGCCUCGGCGAUCGCCACGGUCAUAACAUCCUCCUCGACACCAAGAGUGGAGAGGCCGUUCACAUUGAUCUGGGCGUAGCUUUUGAGAUGGGCCGUGUACUACCAGUCCCCGAGCUUGUACCAUUCCGACUCACACGGGACAUAGUCGAUGGCAUGGGUAUCACAAAAACGGAAGGGGUAUUCAGACGGUGCUGCGAGUUCACCCUCGACGCGCUGCGUGAGGACACCUACUCUAUUAUGACGAUCCUCGACGUUUUACGAUACGAUCCUCUGUAUUCAUGGUCCAUCAGUCCCGUUCGCAUGGCUAAGCUACAGGACCCCCGACGAGAUGAGGGAGAGGGCACGGCCGACGCGGACGUAAAGAAAAAGACCUCUGGAGCUGUUGGUAUGGUGAACGAGCCUAGCGAGGCCGACCGUGCGCUCGAGGUCGUGCGCAAGAAGCUUAGCAAGACGUUGAGCGUAACGGCUACGGUCAACGACUUGAUCAACCAAGCGACUGACGAGAGAAAUCUCGCAUUUUUGUAUUCUGGUUGGGCUGCUUAUGCUUGA